AUGCCACCACUUCUUCAUCCCAAGUCGCGGAUGACCUCGUCGUUGUUCGCCACGACCGUCGCCGCCUCCUUCUUCGUCGUCACACUUCCCCAUAUACUCCCGUGCCCUGUGCCCCGAGCCCGAUUCGCCGAUGGAGAAAUUAUGGUAGACGAGAACGGUCGACGCAAGAGAUGGAGAAGGAAGGACACCAGCCCGGAGGUGAAGGACGGCAUUGUGCAAUUCAACGACAUUGCGGCAGACGAGGUUGAGCAAGCAAAGCUGAGGGUCAGCCGAGAGUGCCCAGUGCCCAAGCCUGGAGGCAUGCUGGGCGAGUGGUUAGGUUUCCGCAAAGUCGAGAGCGAGCAAAACCGGUAA